UGGUGCAUUUGUAUCCACAAUGGUGGCAACGAUCAGCUGUUUCCGUCCAUUAACAAAAUACACCAUACAUUUGUUUAUUACAGGGUGUACUUGCCAAGUAGGAUGUUCUUUUGUUAAUGCUUUUCAGUAGCUCCGAGUUAUGGGGAUGGACGAAUUACCGCAAUUCGAUCCGAACGUCGACUUCAAGUCGAUUUUGCCGAUCAACCAAAAACGGACGAACGCGUUCUUAAACCAUUUCGUCAUGAAUACGGUCUCGUUUUUGAACGAUUUCGCAGAGACGUGCGAAUCUCGUCUGCUCGAGUUUGAGUACAAGUUGCAGAAAGUGGAAGCCUCCUUGCUCAUAUUGGAGGCACAACUCGACUCGAUACCAGAAGUGCAAGCCAAAGUGGAAGAGAAACCAGCGGUGGUUGUUGAAACAUUAGACUUACCUGAAAUUAACAACGAGGAUGAGGUGGAUAAUGUGCAGGAAGUUAUUAAGGUGGAGGAAGCAGGACCUGUUGCAUGCAAGGAUUCACGGUUUGUGAAGUACUUUAAGAUGGUGAAAGUCGGAGUAGAUCCGCAAGGUGUCAGAUUGAAGAUGAAAGCGGAAGGCUUUGAUCCCAACAUCUUAGACACUCCAAAUCAAAUCAUUCCAGGAUUCACUGCGGGAUUAGAGAGUGAGGGGGAUAAGAGCUUGACAGACUAAAUAUUUAUAAUGAGAAUAAAGUAAUCGAGAAUAAAUACAA